AAGUCCGGAAGUCUUUCAGCUGCACACAUGCGGAUUGAAUUCAUCUGCCAGCAGACUUUCGGCAAAUUAAGUUAAUACCAGAGAUACCAAAAAAAUGAUGCACUGGACUAAAAUGAAGAAAGAUGAGCUCGAGAGGCAGUAUUCACCCAGCUGGUGGUCGCACAGGAUGUCGGCAGACGACGUGAUCGAGGCUCACGUGAAGGCUUUAAAGGAAGGUACAGAGCGAGCUCGUGGUCUGGCUCAAACGUUGCUCAACGUGCCGUACGGGGAGGGAGAUGGAGAGAAGCUGGAUGUCUACGUACCCAGCACCAACUCUCUGGAUGUGCCCCUUGUCAUUUACCUCCACGGAGGCUACUGGCAGUUCCUCAGUAAGGAGGAGUCGGGCUUCAUGGCUGUGCCGCUCAUCGACAAAGGCGUAGUGGUGGUGGCUGUCGAUUAUGACACCGCCCCCAAAGGCAACAUGGACCUGAUGGUGUCUCAAGUACGCAGGAGUGUCGUGUCCGUGGUCCAGCAGUAUUCUCACAUCAGCGGUCUGUACCUGUGUGGCCACUCUGCUGGGGCUCACCUUGCCGCGAUGGUCCUCUCCACUGACUGGUCGCAGUACAGCAUCACUCCUCCGAUUAAAGGUGCUUUCCUUGUUAGUGGCAUAUACGACCUCCUGCCCAUCUUGUCCACCUACGUCAACAAGCCUUUGAAGAUGACAGAGGAGGUGGCUGUGAGGAACAGCCCCAGCAAACUGGUCCCUCAGCUCAAACUCUCCUCCUCCGGCUGCCAGAUCAUCGUGGCUGUCGCCGAGAACGACUCGCCCGAGUUCCGCAAGCAGUCGGAAGAAUACUGCAAGACUUUAGAGGCGUCGGGACUUAACGUGACCAUGGAGGAUGUGGCCAACACCGACCACUUCAAUAUCAUCGAGCAACUGGUAGACGGGGAGUAUUACCUAACAAAGCUUCUCUUAAAGACGAUGGGAAGGAGCUGAGGCGGCAGUUUUGCUCCAUAAUCUAAUAUCAACCACCCUCGGUAUCAGCAGCCCCCUGAACAGAGUCCCCGUGCACCAAUACUGAUAAUAUAUGCAUUAUUUCAGGUUUGUACAGUGGUGAAUGUACACUUUGUGUCAUUUGUAUUGAACAGCAAUGAGGUGGCAUUGUUUUGAAUAUAUUGUUUACUUUAUCAUUUGUUACACACACACAUGUUCGCUGUAGAUACUGUCAGAACAACGUUUCAUGAAAACAUUGUGUGCCUAAAGCCGAGUCACUUCAAAGAUGGUGAUUGUAGCAAACGACGCUGCUGUCACGCUUACUCAGUUGUAAACAGAUUAUUUAACGAUCAUUGUGCACAAUGUUAUCAUCAGGAAGUACUGUUCCUCCGGCACACUCGGAAGUUGAUAAGUAGAGUUGAUAAAUAGUUUAGGCAUAUUUAAAAAAGUCUGUUUUGUUUUGGGGUUUUAUUUCUUGUGACAAUCUGUAAAGCAACUUAAAGUUAAUUGGUGGGACAUGAAUAGGAGCUCAUGUUAGGACUACUGAUGUACAUCAUACCAAGUGAAUGUAGGUUUUUAUUGUAACCUACACAAUGCUAACAUCGCACCCAGGAAACGUUAUUGUAUUUGCACUGUAAAUUCAACCCUGAUAAUAGAUUACUGAUAUUUAAAUGCACACAUUUUAGAUGAGAUGUGACAAUUUAACUGAUUUACUUGUUACGGUGCUCAUUCUAGCAUCUUAAAUAGUUGUUUACAUUAUUGUUAACACAGUGUUCUAUUAAUCAUGACGGUAGAUUAUAAAGAGAUUCAUCACAAUAAAUAUUUAUAUUUGAGAAUUA